AUGGAGGCUUAUAACUGGCGAAUGGCUGCUGGAUAUGCCGAAGAAGAGGAAUCUGACAAGUCAAGGUCCGACGUUAAUCCAUUCAGUGACUCCAAAUAUAGGGAAAUUCCCUCUUACACACAUUUAGGUAACAUAGAUAUCCUUAUACAUCUGUCUGAUGCCGAAGCUAAUUAUGUAUUAUUCCACAUAAAGACGAAAGCUCCGGGACUAAAUAAUGUAAGAAAACUUGCCAAACCUAAGAGGCCUGCAAGUGCUUUCUUCAUUUUCAUGAAUGAGUUCAGUAAGCAGUUUCCUGAGAUGAAUCUAACCAUCGAAUCUAUCGUCGCUAUCGGGAAUGCUGGUGAAGGCAAGUGGAAGAAGAUGUCAGACACUGAGAAAGCUCCCUAUAUAGCAGAGGAAGAGAAAAGGAAGCUGGAAUAUGAAAAGAGAAUGAAUGCUUAUAAUAGACGAGUGGCUGUUGUAGAUACCGAAGAAGAGAAAUCUGACAAGUCAAGGUCCGAGUUUGAUGACCAAGAGGAAAGUGUAGAGGAAGAGGAUGACGACGACUUGUGUAAUAUAUCCUAUGUAUGACAUCUUCUUUCCCCAUUAAAUUUGCG